AUGGGGAGUAAAUGGAGGAAAGUAAAGCUUGCACUUGGUUUGAAUCUGUGCGUGUAUACACCAAGUAAUAAUAUAGCCGAUAACGAUGAGGAGGAAGGAUCUUUGCCGCCGUCUUCUUAUAGGCACUCAGACGCUGCUCUCCUGUCGCCGGUGGCGGACUGGACCUCAGCUCCACCGACGCCAGGGUCGAAUAGGCUGAUGUUUUCCAAGAGCUUGAGUAGAUCUUCUUCUAAGAAAACCUGCUCAAUUUGUUUGACAUCAAUGAGACGAGGAGAUGGCCAAGCUAUAUUCACUGCCGAAGCAAAGUGGAAAGAGAUUCCCUUGCAAGGUCCGAGUCUGGAUCCUCCCGUCGGAAGGGCGCGAAUCAAUCCCGUCGAUUGGCACCAAAACAAUGGUUUGAUGACAGUAGUCCGACGAUUACCACCUCCUCGUUCAAAUUCUAGUAGAAAUGUUGCACCACUAUUUCAGGCUCCUGAGCCAGCAAUCUUUAACGAUGAUGAAUUGUUGGAUCAUGAAAUCGACUCUUCAAAAAAGAAUCUUGGAGAUUGUAAUGAACAAAGAAAAGUUACGAUGAAGUCAUUUACGGAAGUUCCAGCAGUCUCACAGUUGAACACUUCUGACAAAUUCACUGUCUUGAUUAAUCUAAAAGCUCCUACAGCAAACUCUUGGCGGAAUCCCGGCAGAAACCAGGCUAAUAUGCCCCAAAUUUCUCAGACACCUCGAGCGCCUGUUGAUCUUGUUACUGUUCUUGACAUUAGUGGAAGUAUGGCAGGCACUAAACUUGCAUUACUAAAACGAGCUAUGGGGUUUGUGAUACAGAAUCUCAGUCCCAAUGAUAGGUUGGCAGUCAUCGCCUUCUCUUCAACAGCCAGACGCCUCUUUCCCCUUCGUAGGAUGUCUGAAACAGGACGGCAGCAAGCAUUACAGUCUGUUAAUUCUUUAGUUGCCAAUGGAGGGACAAAUAUCGCUGAAGGUUUGAGAAAAGGAGUCAAAAUAAUGGAGGACCGGAGGGAAAAAAAUCCAGUUGCCAGUAUAAUAUUAUUAUCCGAUGGGCAAGACACGUAUACUGUCAGUAAUAUUGGUGGCAACAAGAAUCAACCAAAUUAUCAGUUGCUCCUACCUGUUUCUAUGCACCCUGAAGAUGGUUCAGGUUUUAAGAUUCCGGUUCAUGCAUUUGGGUUUGGUGCAGAUCAUGAUGCAUCAUCCAUGCACUCAAUUUCAGAGAUUUCUGGAGGGACCUUUUCAUUCAUUGAGACUGAAGGAGUGAUCCAGGAUGCAUUUGCACAGUGCAUUGGAGGCCUUUUGAGUGUUGUGGUGAAGGAUCUUCAGAUAAGUAUUGAGUGUCUUCACCCGAGUGUCCAUCUUGGUUCUUUAAAGGCAGGGAGUUACGCCAACCACGUCUUGUCAGAUAGACGUACAGGAUCUAUUGAUGUUGGAGAUCUCUAUGCGGAUGAGGAGAGAGACUUCUUGGUUUCAAUAAAUGUCCCUGCUGCAUAUACAAGCAAUGAAACAAUGUUGCUGAAGGUAAACUGUAAUUACAAUGAUCCUUUGACAAAAGAAACGGUCACCUUAGAAGGUGAAGAAGUUAGAAUCAAGAGACCUGUAGUGGCUAGACAGGACGGCGUGUCAAUUGAAGUGGACAGGCAGCAAAACAGGCUUCAAGCAGCAGAGGCAAUGGCACAAGCACGCACUUCAGCUGAAAGUGGAGAUUUGGCUCGUGCCGUUUCUAUCCUCAAGAACUGCCGAAAACUGUUGUCAGAAACCGCGUCGGCUAAAUCUCGUGACAGGCUGUGUGUUGCACUUGAUGCUGAGCUCAAGGAAAUGCAAGAGAGGAUGGCGAGCAGACAUGUGUACGAGGCAUCAGGAAGAGCAUAUAUACUGUCGGGGUUGAGCUCACACUCAUGGCAGAGAGCAACAGCAAGAGGUGAUUCUACAGAUGGUUCAAGCCUUGUUCAGGCUUAUCAAACCCCUUCAAUGGUCGAGAUGGUUACUCGUUCUCAGGCCACAUUGUUAGGCAGUCCUUCAGCUCAAAGGCUUCUUCGACCAGUGUGGUCGUUUCCAUCUCGACCAAGGCCUAGGUGA